GCAGCAGCAGCUCCUCCGGAGCCUAGGCCCGGUCCCGGCCGACCGCUGCGGGGCUUUCCCCGCACUCGGCUCUCCCGGCUCCCGCCGGCGCGGAGCAGCCACUGCCGCCCUGCUGCUUCCUGGGGUAGAGGAGAAGGCGGCAGCAUCUGAGGAGCCCCGGCCGCUCUAGACUGCCCUGCCACGUUCCCGGCAGCUGCUGCUCCUUGAAUCCUCCCAGUCUCUCAGUACACGCGCAUCCUCCGCCACUUGUGUGUUUUUGUUUGUGUAAGAUGGGGACAUCGGACUGGCUAACGGGCCUCAGGAGCCUCCAGGCCCUGAGAUACCGAAGGGCCUUGCAAGGUGGAGGGAGGAGGAGAGCAACUAAGAUGCUGCUGCUGCUGCCACCGUACGCGAAGAGGGAAGCUUCCCCGGUGGUGUAGAGACUGAGUUCGGAUGGUCCUGGGGCGGCGGAGGAACCUGAGACACUUCUGUCUGUGAAGUUGGCAAGCCCUGGUUUCUGUUUCCGCCGAGGCCUCUCUACCUUUUGCUGUCUUAAGUCUUAACUUGAAAGUUUCAUAGAAGAAAUAAGUUUCAGAGAAACCCGGUAGUUCUUAAUGAGAGGGAGAACUGGUGGGCGGUCCUUCCUGUGACACGACCCUUGAGUGACAGUUCUGUUUGAUUGCCUCCAGUACUGUGAGGAAAGGACACGACUCUAUGGUGAGGACUGAUGGACAUACAUUAUCUGAGAAAAGAAACUACCAGGUGACAAACAGCAUGUUUGGUGCUUCAAGAAAGAAGUUUGUAGAGGGGGUGGACAGCGACUACCAUGAUGAAAACAUGUACUACAGCCAGUCUUCUAUGUUCCCACAUCGGUCAGAGAAAGAUAUGCUGGCAUCACCAUCUACAUCAGGUCAGCUGUCUCAAUUUGGGGCAAGUUUAUACGGGCAACAAAGUGCACUAGGCCUUCCAAUGAGGGGGAUGAGCAACAAUACCCCUCAGUUAAAUCGCAGCUUAUCACAAGGCACUCAGUUACCGAGCCACGUCACGCCAACAACAGGGGUACCAACAAUGUCACUUCACACGCCUCCAUCUCCAAGCAGGGGUAUUUUGCCUAUGAAUCCUAGGAAUAUGAUGAACCACUCCCAGGUUGGUCAGGGCAUUGGAAUUCCUAGCAGGACAAAUAGCAUGAGCAGUUCAGGGUUAGGUAGCCCCAACAGAAGCUCGCCAAGCAUAAUAUGUAUGCCAAAGCAGCAGCCUUCUCGACAGCCUUUUACUGUGAACAGUAUGUCUGGAUUUGGAAUGAACAGGAAUCAGGCAUUUGGAAUGAAUAACUCCUUAUCAAGUAACAUUUUUAAUGGAACAGAUGGCAGUGAAAAUGUGACAGGAUUGGACCUUUCAGAUUUUCCAGCAUUAGCAGACCGAAAUAGAAGGGAAGGAAGUGGCAACCCAACUCCAUUAAUAAACCCUUUGGCUGGAAGGGCUCCUUACGUUGGAAUGGUAACAAAACCCGCAAAUGAGCAAUCCCAGGACUUCUCAAUACACAACGAAGACUUUCCAGCAUUACCUGGUUCCAGCUAUAAAGAUCCAACGUCAAGUAAUGAUGACAGCAAAUCUAAUUUGAAUACAUCUGGGAAGACGACUUCAAGUACAGAUGGACCCAAAUUCCCUGGAGAUAAAAGUUCAACAACACAAAACAAUAAUCAGCAGAAAAAGGGGAUCCAGGUGUUACCUGAUGGUCGAGUUACUAACAUUCCUCAAGGGAUGGUGACGGACCAGUUUGGAAUGAUCGGCCUGUUAACGUUUAUCAGGGCAGCAGAGACAGACCCAGGAAUGGUCCAUCUUGCUUUAGGAAGUGACUUAACAACAUUAGGCCUCAAUCUGAACUCUCCUGAAAAUCUCUACCCCAAAUUUGCAUCACCCUGGGCAUCUUCACCUUGUCGACCUCAAGACAUAGACUUCCAUGUUCCAUCUGAAUAUUUAACAAACAUUCAUAUUAGGGAUAAGCUGGCUGCAAUCAAACUUGGCCGAUAUGGAGAAGACCUCCUCUUCUAUCUCUAUUACAUGAAUGGAGGAGAUGUAUUACAGCUCUUAGCUGCAGUAGAGCUUUUUAACCGUGAUUGGAGAUACCAUAAGGAGGAGCGGGUAUGGAUUACCAGGGCGCCAGGCAUGGAGCCUACGAUGAAAACCAACACAUAUGAGCGGGGAACCUACUACUUCUUUGACUGUCUCAACUGGAGGAAAGUAGCCAAGGAGUUCCAUCUGGAAUAUGACAAAUUAGAAGAGCGGCCUCACCUGCCAUCCACCUUCAACUACAACCCUGCUCAGCAAGCCUUCUAAAAGACUUCCCUUUUCUUGGGGUAUGGCUGUCUCAGCACAAUACUCGACAUAACUGCAGAACUGAUGUGGCUCAGGCACCCUGGGUUUAAUUCCUUGAGGAUCUGGCAUUUGGCUUACGUUAAGGGUCACCAUUUGAGGUCCUGCCUUACCAAUUAUGUGCUGCCCAACAACUAAAUUUGUAAUUUGUUUUCUCUAGUUUGAGCAGGGUCUGAAUUUUUUUCAUUUAUUUUCUUUUUGCCAGCAGACAGACUUGGGUCUAUAAAGACAAGCAAGUACACUGACAGACGUUACCAUUUAGUUUCUUAAAUGUAAAAAGAAAACCCACAAAAGACUCAACAAAAUUAGACCACAAAUUUUGCAUUGUUCAUUGUAGCACUAUUGGUAAUAAAAUAACAGAUGUUUGUGCAUUUUUAUGUGAAGAUCCUUCUCGUAUUUCAUUUGGAAAGAUGAGCAAGGUCUGCUUCUUUCAUUUUACUUCCCCUUCUGUUUCUGAAAGGCAGUUUCGCCAGGCUUACUGCAAGAAUAUGACUGUGUAGAAGAGAUUGCCACAGUCUCUGGUGGCUUCCAGGGCUGUGUUGUUACUGAGCUUCAUCUUUCCAGAAUGAGCAAAACACUGUCCAGUCUUUGUUACGAUUUUGUAAUAAAUGUGUACAUUUUUUUUAAAUUUUGGACAUCACAUGAAUAAAGGUAUGUAUGUACGAAUGUGUAUAUAUUAUAUAUAUGACAUCUAUUUUGGAAAAUGUUUGCCCUGCUGUACCUCAUUUUUAGGAGGUGUGCAUGGACGCAAUAUAUGAAAAUGGGACAUUCUGGAACUGCUGGUCAGGGGACUUUGUCGCCCUGUGCACUAAAGGGCCAGAUUUUCAGCAGCCAAGGACAUCCAUACCCAAGUGAAUGUGAUGGGACUUCAAGACAUGAACUGAGACAAUUCACUCUGGCUGUUUGAACAGCAGCGUUUCAUAGGAAGAGAAAAAAGAUCAAUCUUGUAUUUUCUGACCACAUAAAGGCUUCUUCUCUUUGUAAUAAAGUAGAAAAGCUCUCCUCACUGCA